AUGAAUCCCUCCGAGGGUGCUCCCGCAACCGCUCUUCGGGAGGUCAGCAUUCUGAAACUGCUGAAACAUGAGAACAUUGUAUCACUAAUCAGUGUCACCUACAAACCUGGCAAAAUGAUUCUGGUUCUCGAAUUAGUUUAUAGGUACAAACCACCAGACGUCCUUCUAGGAGAGCAGAAUUACGGUCCGGAUAUAGAUAUCUGGAGUGCUGGUUGUAUUGUCUAUGAGAUGAUGAACGGGAAACCUCCAUUUCAGGGUUCAGAUUCCGCAUCACAAGCCAAAGAGAUUUUCAAAAUUCUCGGUAAGAACACACGCCGCUUGUGUUAA